AUGCUGACUUCGAUGCUGGGAAUGUACUACGUCAACGGUCCGACUUUGUGGCAUUUGUUACCCGAGCCGGACUUUCUCUACGAACGAUUGGAGAACUUGCAGAUUGGUACAUAUGCACCUAAUAUAUACACCAUAAAACAAGAAGCGCGUCUUAUAGAUGUAUUUCAAAUUUUCUUGGAACGACAUAUUUCUUGUCUACCGGUGGUGGAUGUGGACGGUGGCCUUGUCGAUAUUUACGCCAAAUUCGACGUAAUUGUGCCUCAGUCACCUCUUUAG